ACCCAAAUCCCAAACGUUGUUUAACAUAUUGUCAGUCUCCAACCAGUAGAGGGAGACAUUUGAAAAAUGAACGGAAAUUUUGAGCGGAACACAAACAGACCUCAGCAACACAGCAGCACUGUCUGGAGCGCAUGCUGGUUGUCACCCCAUAGAUCUGACAGCACAACCAAGUAAUUACAUGUGUCCUAAUUUUUAAACGAAAUAAUAAAAUGCAUAAGUUACCCUUAUAGGUAAGCCAUAUUACUUAAUGAACCACUAUGCCAUCAUGGACGACACGCAGGACAACAUUGACAACGUGAAGAACUGUCUUAGACAUUUCCCCAAAGAGGCUCGAGAGCUUUAUCUAAAUGAAACGGUGCCAUAUCUGGAGGAGCCACCAUCUGCUCUGCAGUUCUACCGCGAAUGGAUCGGUCCCAACAAACCAUGCAUUAUCCGCAAUGCAUUCGAUCACUGGCCAGCACUGUCCAAGUGGAACCCAACUUACCUCAGGGAAGCUGUUGGCUCUAAGGUGAUAAGCGUAGCGGUGACCCCAAACGGAUAUGCUGAUGCCAUACACGGGGAUCGUUUUGUCAUGCCUGAGGAGAGGCAGAUGACCUUCUCAGCACUGUUGGAUGUGAUUGAGGGGAAAGUGAAGAGCAGUGGUGUGUUCUAUGUGCAGAAGCAGUGCUCCAACCUCACAGAGGAACUGCCAGAACUGACUGAGGACGUGGAACCUCACAUUCCCUGGAUGAGUGAAGCUCUAGGGAAGCUGCCUGAUGCUGUGAAUUUCUGGCUGGGAGAGUCCCGUGCUGUCACUUCAAUGCACAAAGACCACUAUGAGAACCUGUACUGUGUCGUGUCUGGAGAGAAGCACUUCAUUCUCCUGCCUCCAUCUGACCGACCCUUCAUCCCUUAUGAGCUGUACCAGCCUGCAGUGUAUAGCCUGAAGGAGGAUGGCAGCUUUGAAGUAGUGGAUGAGGAAAACUCUGACAGGGUGCCCUGGAUCCCUGUGGACCCCUUGAAGCCAGACCUGGAAAAGUAUCCAUCCUACAGACUGGCCCAGCCACUGCACUGCACAGUGCGAGCUGGAGAGAUGCUCUACCUGCCCUCUCUCUGGUUCCACCACGUACGCCAGUCUCACGGAUGUAUUGCAGUGAAUUUCUGGUACGACAUGGAGUACGACAUUAAGUACAACUACUUUCAACUCCUGGAGUCGCUGGCGGGGGCGGUGGGUCCAUUAUGACAUCACUCAGGACACAGAUCCAAGAUCUAAUCAGAGUUCAGCUCGUUUGAGCAGCAGCAAGCAGGGCAUGGAAACUCUGACUGGGCCAUCCAGUGCAACAACACAGACAUUUCCACAGUUGGCCCGGCAAUCAGUGGCAUUGUCUUUGGCAUUUGAUGCCUGAAACUGUACUUGCCCGAGCUAGGUGACAAAGCUUUGUCACUGGUGCUCCAAAUGUUUUUUAAAGGAAAGGGUGUUAUGCCAAACAGAGGAAAUCUGUUACACUAAAAAACAUUGGAUCAUUGCAUUACAUCAGCCUCUCUUUCACUGCCAGGCAAAUCUCUGGGGUGUGGGUGGGGCGCAGGAAAAAUGACCUGUUUUCAGCUGCAGUAAAGCACACUCUUCAACAUAACUGCAUCUCCACCCAUCACAGUAAAUAAAGUGCAAUACACACGCUUGAGUAUAGGGUGUAAUAAAUACCAUUGUUUUUAUUCCA